CAGUGGCCCUAUACCGAGAGAGCUCGGCAGGAUAAACUUUGACACUGUUGAUCUUUCUCGAAACCUUCUCACCGGGGAUGCUUCGUUUCUGUUCGGAACGGAUAAAUGGGCGAGAGAGAUCGAUUUGUCGAGCAACGAGCUUAAUUUCGACAUGUCCGAGCUGAUGUUCGCGCGGGACUUGGUGGCCCUGGAUCUGAGCCGGAAUAGAAUCAGGGGUGGCAUCCCUCGGCAGAUCACCAAGGCUACAGGACUGAUGAAACUGGACUUGAGCCACAACAGGCUUUGCGGGAGGAUUCCGACGGGAGGCAAGAUGAGGCGUUUCCACAGCCCGUCGUACCUCCAUAACAAGUGUCUCUGCGGAACUCCGCUUCCACGGUGUCACGCUUUGCGGGAGGAUUCCGACGGGAGGCAAGAUGAGGCGUUGUCUCGUAACCACCUCAGUGGCCCUAUACCGAGAGAGCUCGGCAGGAUAAACUUUGACACUGUUGAUCUUUCUCGAAACCUUCUCACCGGGGAUGCUUCGUUUCUGUUCGGAACGGAUAAAUGGGCGAGAGAGAUCGAUUUGUCGAGCAACGAGCUUAAUUUCGACAUGUCCGAGCUGAUGUUCGCGCGGGACUUGGUGGCCCUGGAUCUGAGCCGGAAUAGAAUCAGGGGUGGCAUCCCUCGGCAGAUCACCAAGGCUACAGGACUGAUGAAACUGGACUUGAGCCACAACAGGCUUUGCGGGAGGAUUCCGACGGGAGGCAAGAUGAGGCGUUUCCACAGCCCGUCGUACCUCCAUAACAAGUGUCUCUGCGGAACUCCGCUUCCACGGUGUCACUGAUGAGUGUGGUAGUUAGAGCAUCUCUAACAGCUUCCUUAU